AGCUCUUGCCAAGAGAAGGGAGGGAGAGGCGCUGAGUGAGGGCGGGUCCGCUCGUCCUCAGAGCCAGCCUGAGCCGGAGCUGCAACCCACGGAGUUCUCCCGCACAGGGCUCGCAAAAGAGCGUGCUCCCGGGAGCCGGGGACUCUCGGCAGAACCUGCCGCAAACCAGAGAAGACGAUCUUCCGUAGCAUUUUGAAAUAGCGCUUGAGCUAGCGGCAUGAGUUCUGUGAGGCGCUGGGGCAGCCCUUGCCUUUUCCCCCUGCAGCUCUUUAGCCUCUGCUGGGUGCUUUCAGUGGCCCAGAGCAAGACAGUCCGAUACAGCACCUUCGAGGAAGAUGCCCCCGGCACGGUCAUCGGGACCCUAGCUGAGGACCUGCAUAUGAAAGUAUCUGGAGACACAAGCUUCCGCCUGAUGAAGCAAUUCAACAGCUCUCUGCUUCGGGUGCGCGAGGGUGACGGGCAGCUGACCGUCGGGGACGCAGGCCUGGACCGCGAGCGACUGUGUGGCCAGGCCCCGCAGUGUGUGCUGGCGUUCGACGUGGUCAGCUUCUCACAGGAGCAAUUCCGGCUGGUGCACGUGGAGGUGGAGGUGAGGGACGUCAACGACCAUGCGCCGCGCUUCCCCAGGGCCCAGAUUCCAGUGGAGGUGUCCGAGGGUGCGGCGGUGGGCACGCGCAUCCCCCUGGAGGUGCCGGUGGACGAGGACGUGGGUGCCAAUGGGCUGCAGAGUGUGCGAUUAGCUGAGCCACACAGCCCGUUCCGAGUGGAGCUGCAGACGCGUGCGGACGGCGCCCAGUGCGCGGAUCUGGUGCUGUUGCAGGAGCUGGACCGCGAAAGCCAGGCCGCUUACAGCCUGGAGCUAGUGGCCCAGGACGGCGGGCGCCCCCCGCGCUCUGCCACCGCAGCUCUCAGCGUGCGUGUGCUGGACGCCAACGACCACAGCCCAGCCUUCCCUCAGGGCGCAGUGGCCGAGGUGGAAUUGGCAGAGGAUGCUCCGGUGGGCUCGUUGUUGCUGGACCUGGACGCGGCGGACCCCGACGAGGGCCCCAACGGCGACGUGGUGUUCUCCUUCGGCGCUCGCACCCCACCCGAAGCGCGCCGCCUCUUCCGGCUCGACCCGCGCUCGGGUCGCCUCACCUUGGCGGGACCCGUAGACUACGAACGCCAGGACACCUAUGAGCUGGACGUGCGGGCGCAGGACCGAGGCCCUGGUCCCCGGGCCGCCACUUGCAAGGUCAUCGUGCGCAUCCGCGACGUCAAUGACAACGCUCCCGACAUCGCUAUUACCCCGCUCGCGGCCCCGGGAGCGCCAGCAGCCUCGCCCUUCGCCGCCGCCGCUGCCGCCGCCGCACUCGGGGGGACGGACGCGACCUCUUCGGCUGGUCCAGGGACUCAGGAGGCCGGCGCCACCUCUUUGGUGCCUGAGGGGGCGGCGCGCGAGAGCCUGGUGGCGCUGGUCAGCACCUCGGACAGGGACUCGGGCGCCAAUGGGCAGGUGCGCUGCGCCCUCUAUGGGCACGAGCACUUCCGACUGCAGCCGGCCUACGCAGGCAGCUACCUGGUAGUGACAGCAGCUUCUCUAGACCGUGAGCGCAUCGCCGAGUACAAUCUGACGCUAGUGGCCGAGGACCGUGGCGCGCCCCCGCUGCGCACUGUGAGGCCCUAUACUGUGCGUGUGGGCGACGAGAACGACAACGCGCCACUCUUCACGCGGCCAGUCUAUGAGGUGUCGGUGCGCGAGAACAACCCUCCUGGAGCCUACCUGGCCACCGUGGCUGCUCGGGAUCCGGACUUGGGCCGCAACGGCCAGGUCACCUACAGGCUGCUAGAGGCUGAAGUGGGCCGCUCCGGAGACGCAGUGUCUACCUACGUCUCAGUGGACCCCGCUACAGGAGCAAUCUACGCGCUGCGCAGCUUCGACUACGAGACUCUGCGCCAGCUCGACGUGCGCAUCCAAGCUAGCGACGGCGGCUCCCCUCAGCUUUCCAGCAGUGCUCUCGUGCAAGUGCGGGUGCUGGACCAGAACGACCAUGCGCCGGUACUGGUGCACCCAGCGCCAGCAAACGGCACUCUAGAAGUAGCAGUCCCCGGGCGCACAUCUAGGGACACGGCUGUGGCGCGCGUGCAGGCCCGGGAUGCUGAUGAGGGCGCCAACGGGGAGCUGUCAUUCGACCUACAGCAGCAGGAGCCACGCGAAGUCUUCGCCAUCGGCCGCCGCACGGGGGAGAUCGUGCUCACCGGAGACCUCUCGCAGGAGCCUCCCGGCCGCGUGUUUAGGGCGCUGCUGGUCAUAUCCGACGGCGGCCGCCCACCUCUCUCCACCACAGCAACUGUCAGCUUCGUGGUAACAGCCGGCGGCGGACGCGGGCCGGCUGUGCCUGCCAGUGUAGGGAGCCCGGAGCACUCCCGCCCGCCUGGCUCUCGGCUAGAGGCGUCGGGGCCGGCGCUGCAAUGGGACACGCCGCUGAUUGUCAUCAUCGUGUUGGCCGGGAGCUGCACGCUACUGCUGGCCGCUAUCAUCGCCAUCGCUACCACUUGCAACCGCCGCAAGAAGGAGGUGCGCAAAGGGGGGCCCCUCCGGGAAGAGCGGCCCGGGGCGGCGGGCGGCGGAGCCUCGGCUCCCGGCUCCCCGGAGGAGACAGCCCGGGGAGCUGGGCCCAGGCCCAACAUGUUCGACGUGCUCACCUUCCCUGGCAGCGGCAAAGCGCCCUUUGGCAGCCCCGCGGCCGACGCGCCCCCGCCCGCGGUCGCCGCGGCCGAAGUGCCGGGCUCGGAGGGCGGCAGCGCCACUGGGGAAAGCUCCUGUCACUUCGAGGGGCAGCAGCGGCUCCGCGGCGCGCACGCCGAGCCCUACGGUGCCUCCCCGGGCUUCGGAAAGGAGCCGGCGCCCCCUGUGGCGGUCUGGAAGGGACACUCUUUCAACACAAUCUCCGGCAGAGAAGCGGAGAAGUUCAGCGGCAAAGACAGCGGCAAAGGGGACAGUGAUUUCAACGACAGCGAUUCCGACAUCAGCGGGGACGCUCUAAAAAAGGAUCUCAUCAACCACAUGCAGAGUGGACUGUGGGCAUGCACUGCUGAGUGCAAGAUCCUGGGCCACUCCGACCGUUGCUGGAGCCCAUCCUGUGGAGGGCCCAACUCGCAUCCCCCACCUCACCCACCAGCCCAGAUGUCAACCUUCUGUAAGAGCACGUCCCUGCCUCGGGAUCCUCUGCGCAGGGACAAUUACUACCAGGCCCAGCUGCCCAAGACAGUGGGACUGCAGAGUGUCUAUGAGAAAGUGCUGCACAGAGACUAUGACAGGACAGUCACUCUCCUCUCCCCUCCUCGUCCAGGGAGGCUCCCAGAUCUUCAAGAGAUUGGGGUACCCCUCUACCAGUCCCCUCCUGGAAGAUACCUGUCUCCAAAGAAGGGAGCCAAUGAAAAUGUGUAAUCCCAUGCUGCAUGUCUUCACACACAUAUACAGGUCACUCCGAGAAGCCCCUAAGUUAUUGACCGGUUUCAGUGUUGUAUAUAUAAAUAUGCAAGAUGUGCCUUAAAAUGAAGUUGUUGGAAGCUAUUUCCAAUCACAUUGGUACUGUUUGGUAUUUGCAAACAAAAAUGUAGUUAAUGUAAUUUUUAUGAAAUGUGUGCAGUAUUUAAUUUUUCUUAUCAUGCUAUUGACUUUAAUUUCACUUGCAGCUUGCCAUUUUCUUAGUGUUUUUAACCUGUACAUUGUGUAAUGUAAUGUUUGUAUAUAAUGAAAUUUUGUUAUAUUUUUAUAUAAUAAAAGCUAAAGUGGAAGUUAUUGCCAAAGGAACUGUCUGUAAGACAAAAAAAACAAAACAUGUUGGAAUUACUCAAUGGAAAUUUAUCUUUCACCAGAAAUGACCUAGUGUUUGAGAAGGUUUGCCUUGCCAAGUAUAACUUGUAUAUCUUGAGUCUGUGGUAGAUUUCAAGUUCAAUGUUAUUUAAUUACAUUUGGUUUUCUGUAAACCGUGUCACUUAUAAGCACAGUAAUAAAGGAUUUGUCAUGUGUUUGAAGAA